GAGAAGAGUUGUGCACUGCUCUUGGUGUUUCACUUUCACCCUUUUUCUUUUUUGUGCACAACAAACAAACAAACAAACCUACCACCUUUUCUUCUUUGUAUUUCUAUGCUGUGUCAAUUUCUCGUGCCAGUUGAGACUCUUGACAAUUACAACUACCUUGGACAUUACCUUUGCUUCUGUUCUGUAUUUCCAUCAUCGUCUUCUUCUUCCUUACAUUCUAUCAUAAUAAUAAUAAACUCAUUCUACGCACUCUUGCAUUGCCUCCACCUCGUUUUCCUCACUACGUCUAUUAUAUAAACCUGAUAAUGGCUGCUGAAGUAUAUUACCAGGCUAUUGGCACUUUGCAGUCCCAUUCUUAUCUGAAUAAUUUAAAUAAUCACCAAAAACAUCAAAACAAUUUAGUAAGAUUGGUGGCUAGGGAUUUUAUCAGCAGUAAUGGCUUGUCAACGAGAAGAAGUAACCGCUCUGGCCAGAGGAAUUGUUGUGUAAUUCAAUCCCUAGCUUCGCAAACAUCAGUGGUUGAUCCAGUGUUGUCCCCUUCAAGAAGCAACAUUGGUGACACUCACAAGAAAUCAAAUGAAGCUGCUUUAAUCCUUAUUCGCCAUGGUGAGUCGUUAUGGAAUGAGAAGAACUUAUUCACAGGGUGUGUUGAUGUCCCUCUCAGCAAGAAGGGUAUAGAUGAGGCAAUUGAAGCUGGACAAAGAAUUAGCAGCAUUCCUGUUGAUGUCAUAUUUACAUCGGCUUUGAUUCGUGCACAAAUGACAGCCAUGCUUGCCAUGACCCAGCACCGUCGUGGGAAGGUCCCUAUCUUUAUGCAUAAUGAGAGUGAACAAGCAAGGUCAUGGAGUCAAGUGUUUAGUGAAGAUACAAAGAAACAGUCCAUUCCAGUCAUAGCAGCUUGGCAACUAAAUGAAAGAAUGUAUGGGGAGCUGCAGGGUCUCAAUAAGCAAGAAACAGCAGACAGAUACGGGAAAGAACAAGUCCAUGAGUGGCGACGAAGUUAUGACAUACCUCCUCCAAAUGGUGAAAGUUUGGAAAUGUGUGCUGAAAGAGCAGUUGCCUAUUUCAGAGAUCAAAUUGAACCUCAACUUUUAUCUGGAAAGAAUGUUAUGAUUUCAGCCCAUGGGAAUUCAUUGAGAUCCAUUAUCAUGUACCUUGAUAAAUUAACUUCCCAAGAGGUCAUUAGUUUGGAACUGUCAACUGGAAUUCCCAUGCUUUACAUUUUCAAAGAGGGAAGAUUCAUUAGGAGGGGGAGUCCCAUAGGACCUUCCGAAGCUGGAGUUUAUGCCUAUACUAGGCGUUUGGCUCUUUACAAGCAGAAGUUGGAUGACAUGUUCCAAUGAUAUGUUAUUUAGGAAAUACAUUCACAUUUAAUCAGGAAUGUCACAGUUGAAUCACAAAGGGGGAAGAUGUUUUCAGUGGCACUGUGUUAGGUACAUAGAAUAUUUGCACUUGUCCUAAAGCUAGGUUGUUUUCGAUGUGCGAGUACAGUGUUGAAUCAGUAUAUCUAGAGAUGAAUUCCCAUUUUUUAUGUAUGUUUAUCUCAUAUGGUGAGCGAGCGACUAUUUCCAAGAACUUGUUGAUGCAUCUUAUAAAUGUGGAAACACUGUAACACUUGCAGUUCAGGUCCAUUAUGAUAAUUGUAAUUGUAAAUCAAUUCUAUUGUGGAUUUUACUGGAUAUUUUGAAAGUUUUAUUAUAAAAACUCCCUACAUUCCUACUUUUCCUUGACUA